GAUUAUAUAUUUUGUCGUGCAAUGGAUGAAUUAAUAGAAAUUUUAAUUGAGUUGGAAGGCGAACCGUUUUUGAACGUGUUUAUUGAAAGCGGUCUAACUAAGGAAUCAUUGAAGCUCCUAAAGCCAAGCCAUUUGGAUACAUUGAUCGACACAUCGCAGUUUGGACCAAGGGUAAUUUUUGAGCAUAAUCUGCUCAAUUGGCAAGCGCAACAGGGAAUAAAAACACAAGCCAUUCACACUGAGGCAUGCGCUUUAUUGGCAAAUGAAUAUCGUGGCGAGGAAUCUUUUGAAGCAAUACUCAGUAAGUCGGCGGGUGGAUCACAAAUCCUGCAAUACUAUUCGCAAAAAAAGUGUCUCACUCCAAAGUAUAGGAAACUUCUAGCUGCAACAGUUGCAAAUUAUUUUAUUUCUGCUGAAGUACAUCCAAACCCUAAAACAUUUGAAGCUUUCGCCAAUAAAAUUGUGGAUUUAUUUACGAGUGAAUCUAAAGAUAUAUAUUACAUUCAUAAGAAAGGAAAAAAGCCAGGUGGAUCUCUGUAUGCUAAGUACCACAGUGUAUUAUUGAAACUUAGACGGGAUGGUCUUAUUUCCAAAAGAGAUGUAGAACCAACAACAAAAGGAACGGAGAUUAAUUCUUGCGUAACAGAUUGCAUUCAAGAAAAAUCAUGGUUAAAGUAUAACGUUGAACCAUUCGAUGAAGUUCAACUAAAAUGGGAAGCGACUUUUGCUGUGCGACGACAAAUGCUACAAAAAGAUGCCAAUUUAAAUACAAUUUUAGAAGAAAGGCCUCAGUAUAAGCAGAGUUUUGGACAUUUAAUGGUAUAA